UCGUUUACAGGAAGAGUUUGACAGAACAUUGUACAGGAAGUAAAUGUUGAUCCAAUAAAGUGUGCAGCAAGUUCGCAAGCGAAAGAAUAGCGAAAUCGACGAAAUGGAUCGUUUUACAUGGUCUAACGGUUUAUUGGAAAUUCAUGAAACGUUGGUGAUUCAGCAAAGAGGUGUCAGACUGUAUGAUGGAGAUGAAAAGGCUAAACUGGAGGUUGGGAUUGUCAUGCUAACUACCCAUCGGCUGAUAUGGAGGGAUCAGAAGAAUCACGAGUGCUGCAUUUCCAUACCUCUCUCUCAGGUAAUCUUCUUCGAAGAACAAGCAGCUGGCAUCGGAAAGAGUGCAAAGAUAGUAGUUCAUUUGCACGCAUGCCCAGCCAACAAGGAGCCUGGUCCAUACCAGCAGAGCAAGUUCUCCUAUAUCAAGUUGUCUUUCAAGGAGCACGGGCAGAUUGAGUUCUACAGGAGACUGACAGAGGAGUUGACACAGAAGAGAUGGGAAAACACACCAGCCUCUCAACCCAUCCCGACAGCAACAGGAUCUCAGGCAGGAAGAACUCGUGCAGUCGGAAUAGUAGGCAUUGAGAGGAAACUGGAAGAGAAACGCAAGGAAACAGACAAGAGCAUUUCGGAGGCAUUUGAGGACCUCAGUAAACUCAUGGUGAAAGCCAAAGAGAUGGUGGAACUGUCAAGAUCCAUUGCCAAUAAAAUCAAGGACAAGCAAGGGAACAUCACAGAAGACGAAACCAUCCGUUUCAAGUCCUACCUGCUCAGUAUGGGCAUAGCUGACCCUGUAACUAGGGAAACCCAUGGUUCAGGGACACAUUACCACAUGCAGCUGGCGAAACAGCUGGGUGACAUGCUGCAGGCCCCACUGGAAGAACGUGGAGGUAUGAUGGCUCUGACAGAGGUGUACUGUCUGGUUAACCGGGCCAGAGGGAUGGAGCUGCUGUCUCCAGAGGACUUGGUGAAUGCCUGUAAGAUGUUUGAGUCACUGAAACUUCCUUUGAGGCUGCGAGUAUUUGACAGCGGUGUCAUGGUGGUCCAGCUUCAGUCCCAUAGUGAAGAGGAGAUGAUCGCUUCAGCUCUGGAUAAUGUAUCUGACAAGGGUUCCUUGACCGCUGAAGAGUUUGCCAAACUUUUAGGGCUGUCUGUUCUGCUAGCUAAGGAGAGACUGCUGCUGGCUGAAAAGAUGGGAAACUUAUGUCGGGAUGACUCAGUAGAGGGCUUGCGAUUUUAUCCGAACUUAUUUUGAUUCACUCCAAGGUACCAUAUUAGGAUAAAGAAAAACCUAUAUCCCAAUGCUCUUGCUGUCUAUUCAGAUAGAGAGAACAACUCAUACAGCUGUAGGACAUAAGUAUAGACUGUUUAAUUUCUGAUGAAGAAAAAUGACUGUUGUUUACAAUAGUACAUUUCUAAAAAAACAUUAUUUUUAAUACCUAUUUCUUAUACUUGCUUUUCUUAUGCAAGAUUACCUGGAUAUUUUCCCCUCUUGAAACAUAAAAAAAUCUCAGAGCUGUAUAUUUCUUAGUUUUCCCUUGUACCUUUUUUGACAUUUAUCAUCAUAUGUAAAUAUCAAAUUACUUCUUAAUUGAUGGUGUGUCUGAAGAUUGGCAUUCUAGUGGAUCAGUAAUAAUCUGCUUGUCAGUCUUGAAAUAAAAUAUCACUGUUUGUCAGCACUGAA